UGCCGCAGCAACGGGGUGCGGCCCGGUGGGGGGCGCGGGCCUGGGCUUCCAGGAAGAGGGGCGAAUUCGCGGGCGGCCCCUGCUAGGCCACCGGGAACUACGCGCGUCCGAAGGCCGACCGAGUCCGGGCCACCGUACGGGUGGGAAGGCUUGAGCCAUGUUUUUUACUUGUGGCCCCAAUGAGGCCAUGGUGGUCUCGGGUUUCUGCCGGAGCCCCCCAGUCAUGGUGGCUGGAGGACGUGUCUUUGUCCUGCCUUGCAUCCAACAAAUCCAGAGGAUCUCUCUUAACACACUGACCCUCAAUGUCAAGAGCGAAAAGGUUUACACUCGCCAUGGGGUCCCCAUCUCAGUCACAGGCAUUGCCCAGGUGAAAAUCCAGGGACAGAACAAGGAAAUGUUGGCAGCUGCCUGCCAGAUGUUCUUGGGGAAGACGGAGGCUGAGAUUGCCCACAUUGCACUGGAGACACUGGAGGGCCACCAGAGGGCUAUCAUGGCCCACAUGACUGUGGAGGAGAUCUAUAAGGACAGGCAGAAAUUCUCAGAGCAAGUAUUCAAGGUGGCCUCCUCAGACCUGGUCAACAUGGGCAUCAGUGUGGUUAGUUAUACCCUGAAGGAUAUUCAUGAUGACCAGGACUAUUUGCACUCCUUAGGGAAGGCUCGCACAGCGCAAGUCCAAAAAGAUGCUCGAAUUGGGGAAGCAGAGGCCAAGAGAGAUGCUGGGAUUCGGGAGGCUAAGGCCAAGCAAGAAAAGGUGUCUGCUCAGUACCUGAGUGAAAUUGAGAUGGCCAAGGCACAGAGAGACUAUGAGCUGAAGAAGGCUGCAUAUGACAUCGAGGUCAACACCCGCCGAGCACAAGCUGACCUGGCCUAUCAGCUUCAGGUGGCCAAGACAAAGCAGCAGAUUGAGGAGCAGCGGGUGCAGGUGCAGGUGGUGGAGCGCGCCCAGCAGGUGGCGGUACAGGAGCAGGAGAUCGCCCGCCGAGAGAAGGAGCUGGAGGCCCGAGUGCGCAAGCCGGCUGAGGCUGAGCGCUACAAGCUGGAGCGCCUAGCAGAAGCUGAGAAGUCCCAGUUGAUCAUGCAGGCCGAGGCAGAAGCUGAGUCCGUGCGGAUGCGGGGGGAAGCCGAAGCCUUUGCCGUAGGGGCCCGAGCCCGCGCAGAGGCUGAGCAGAUGGCCAAAAAGGCAGAAGCAUUCCAGAUGUAUCAAGAGGCUGCACAGUUGGACAUGCUGCUGGAGAAACUGCCCCAGGUGGCAGAAGAGAUCAGUGGUCCCUUAACCUCAGCCAACAAGAUCACGCUGGUGUCCAGCGGAAAUGGAACCGUGGGCGCAUCCAAAGUGACCGGGGAAGUCCUGGACAUCCUGAGCCGCCUGCCAGAGAGUGUGGAGAGACUCACGGGUGUCAGCAUCUCCCAGGUGAACCACAAGCCUUUGCGAACAGCCUGAGUCCUCGCCCUUGCAGGUGUCCAGCCUUGUGGCCUGUUAACUGAAUGGUUCCUGCUGCAUGCACCCCAACUGGCCUCAAUCAUGUCCUCAGACACUGGGGUCCCCCAUUUCUCCUUGCCAAAUAGCUUGUGCCUUGCUGUGGAUGGGGUUGCCCCCCACCUAGUCCCACACUGCCAAGACUGUGAGUGCCCUAGGGGCCCCAUGCCAGCGUUUGAUGAUCCCACCCCAACUUAUUUAACUUAAUAAACUAGAUGUCUUAA